CUUCCGGUCUGUGCUUUGGUUGGUUGCUUCCAGCAGACGCUCCCGAUCCCAGACGUGUUUAUGAAGCCGGAGGGUCAAAGUUACGACCGUUGCUGAUUGAUGCCCGGCGAGAGGCGCACUUAACCGGACACAAGACUCGACCUUUAACCGAUCCACUCUUGCCAAACCAGCUUUUUUGGUAUCUGAAGAGGAAAUAAGCCUUAAAAGUUGUUGCAUGGGGCGUUGUCUCUAUUAAAGAUGGCCGCCAACGUGCACUGUUUCUAUUGCCGGGAGGACCUUGGGGGCAGGAAGUUUGUCCGCAACGAGGGUCGCCCAGUUUGUGUGCGUUGCCACACCAAGUUCUGUGCCAACAACUGCGCCGAAUGCCAUCGACCCAUCUCUGUGGAGUCAAAGGAGCUGAGUCACAAGGGACGAUUCUGGCAUGAGGACUGUUUCCGAUGCGGAAAGUGUUAUAAGCCUCUGGCGAGGGAGCCUUUCACCACCAAGGAUGAUCGCAUCCUGUGUGGGAAGUGCUGCUCCAGGGAGGAGGCUCCACGUUGCCACGCCUGCUAUAAACCCAUACUGGCUGGCACAGAGAGUGUGGAGUACAAAGGCAACUCCUUUCACGAUGAGUGCUUCACCUGUUGCCACUGCAAACGACCAAUGGGAUCGCAGAGCUUCGUCUCCAAAGGGAGCGACGUCUACUGCAGCCCCUGCUAUGACAACAAGUUUGCCAAAAUCUGCGUUUCCUGCAAAAAGCCCAUAAUGUCAGGAGGAGUCAACUACCAGGAGCAGCCUUGGCACGGACACUGUUUUGUGUGCAGCUCCUGCUCCAAACCUCUGGCCGGGUCCAGCUUCACCACCCACCAGGACCACGUCUUCUGUGUGGACUGCUACAAGAACACAGUGGCGAAGAAAUGCAACGGCUGCCAAAUGGCCAUCACAGGUUUCGGCAAAGGAGUGAACGUGGUGACCUAUGAGGGAGGCUCAUGGCAUGAAUAUUGCUUCAACUGUAAGCGAUGCUCCCUCAGUCUGUCCAACAAGCCCUUUGUGACCAAGGGGCGGGACAUCCUGUGUCCAGACUGCGACAGCAAUUAGAAAAGAAACUCGCUUGUUUAAAAAAAAAAAAAAAUUUAAAA